UACUCGAUCAAAUUACCCCACUCCCUGUCCGGCGUCGUCCUUGCGUGUGUAUCCUCUCUAAGUUUACAGUAGUUAGCUGUGAGCACAGGUGCGGUGUGUUGAAGCCGAAGAAGAAGUUUGAAAAGUUCAAGUUCUAUAUUGUAUCAGUUUGGAAGCAAAGAAGAAUUACUUGAUACUAUUACGCAAUGGCCGGAAGAUUUAAGGAAACGCUCGGUAUAAAUGAAGUGGUAGGAAAAAACGCCAAUACGAUAUGGAAGGCAUUGAUAGCAGAAUUUAUAGGAAAUUUGCUCCUCAACUUCUUCGGUUGUGGAUCGGUAGCCACUGUGGCUGCAGUACCUUCUAGUUUUGUUCUUAUCUCGUUGGCUUUUGGUUUAGUAAUUUUCGUCAUUGUUUCGUCUGUGGGUCACGUCAGUGGUGCUCAUGUUAACCCAGCCGUGACCGUUGCCAUGGUUGUUACAAGAAAUAUUGGGAUACUGAAAGGUGUACUGUAUAUCGUGGCUCAAUGUCUUGGAUCGCUUGCUGGAUCAGCUAUUCUUUUUGGUCUCACUCCCAACAGAAUUCAUUCAAAUGGACUUGGAGUUAACAUCGUGUCACCCAGUAUCACCGCGGAACAAGCUUUUGGUGUUGAAUUUAUGUUGGGUUUUGUGCUGGUUCUCACGGUAUUUGGAGUCUGCGACACAAACAGGUUCGAAUCUAAGGCUAUUGGACCUUUGGCCAUUGGAAUGGCUGUUUGUUUGGGACACUUGAUUGCGGUAGAUGAUGACGGUACCAGCAUGAACCCUGCCAGAAGUUUUGGAGCCGCUGUAAUAGCAGGCGUUUGGGAGCAUCACUGGGUGUUUUGGGCAGGACCAAUUUUGGGAGGAGUUGUUGCCGGAUUAUUAUACAAAUACGUUUUUGCUGCACCCCAAACUGGACCUGUUAAAAUUAUCGAACGAUACACUGCCGUUGUCACUGACGAAAAUGAGCAGUUGGGAAAAAUCCAAACAAUAAGUAAAGCCUGAAAAGACUUGAUGGUGCGGAAAUAAAGUCAUCCCUCCCAUAGAUUAUACCUGGUGUGACAACAAACAAAAUCAGAUCGUGCUUCGCAUCACUUUAUUUUUAUUACUCUUUUUAAAGACUUAUGUAUUUAUUAUAAUUACGAUAAUGUACGCGAUACUUGUGACCAACUUUAUUUUUGUACGCAAACGCUUUAUUCAUAGUUCACAAAAUCGCAAUGUUAAAGAAAUUUCAGAUCAAUCCAGCAAGUCCAAUAUAUUCAUUUCAUCACUGUUUAAUAUACCACAUAUGUAAAGAGAUGAUCUUCAAUCAUCUCAAUUAAUCUUUGCGCAGACGCUGUCGUAAUUGUAUAACGUAACAAUACCUCACUGACGCGGAUACAAUGUUGUUUUAUAAUAAUUUCUACUACACCUUUCUAGCAAUUUAGGAGUUAAUAAUUAUUGUUAAGUAUCUAAAAAACGAUGUUGAUCUGAAAUUGUUACUUUAUACUCUUCAAACAUCACUAGAUACAUACCUAUCUGCAUAUACUGCAUGUUCACUUAUGUGUUAAAUUAUUAUGUAUUUUAAUAUUUAUAAGAAAUAAACGUGUUUUACAAUA